ACAAAUAUACGCAUUUCUAAUUCUUCUAGCCAAAGAAAAAAAGGAAAUACGAAAUACGAAAUAUCUUCUGCCUCCUUAUCUGUCCAACUUUCUCGUUCGUUUCGGUUUAUAGGCCAUAGCUAUGGCUGCCAAUCUUUCUCUGGCGCCCAAAACCUUACUAUCAGCUCCCCAAUCCUCUCUCUCACCUCGUCUUCAUCAAUUUUCUCCUCACCCUUUCCGAUUCGUCUCUGUGACUUGGUCUUCCACUCGCUCUGCUACUCCAAAGCUAGCCGUUCGGGCUGCGAAUGACGCCGAUUACUCGUCCAGGAGAAGCAACAAAAACAAUGAGCAGAGGGAGACGAUUAUGUUGCCAGGCUGUGACUACAACCACUGGCUCAUUGUUAUGGAGUUCCCCAAAGACCCUGCUCCCACUAGAGAGCAAAUGAUUGAGACUUAUCUCAACACUCUCGCAACUGUUCUCGGGAGCAUGGAAGAAGCAAAGAAGAACAUGUAUGCUUUUAGCACCACGACCUACACUGGAUUCCAAUGUACUGUAUCUGAAGAAACAUCUGAAAAGUUUAAGGGACUUCCUGGGGUUCUUUGGGUCUUGCCUGAUUCAUAUAUAGAUGUUAAAAACAAGGAUUAUGGAGGUGAUAAAUAUGUUAAUGGUGAAAUUAUUCCCGGUAAGUACCCCGUUUAUCAACCCAAGAAACAAAGAGAACCAAAAUAUGAGAGCAGGAGGUAUGAAAGACGACGAGAUGGGCCUCCUCCUGACCAAAUAAGGCAAAGACAAGGAGCAACAAAAUCAGAAUCAGCAUCUUCAUAAGUUCAUCAAGGCGAGAAUCUAUAGACAGAUUAUACUCUGAACUGCAACUGAUGUUGGUGUUUUAUCACAUUUAUCCAUGGAUGUUGGUGACAUUUGUUGGCAGAUUUUUGUUGGUCUUGUCAUAACAUGCUUUAGAAUUAGUGCCAUACGAGCUUGUUGUUGAGGACAUUGAGAGAAAAACUUUUAGACCGAACAUGUGUACCAGAAUUGAGAUGUAACUUUAGUUAUCAAUAUUAGUUGGUUUGUUUGCUUUA